AUGCAGCACAGCACCCCUACCCCAACACACACAGCACCCCUACCCCCCACAGCACAGCACCCCUACCCCCACACAGCACAGCACCCUUACCCCCGCCCAGCACCCCUACCCCACAUGCAGCACAGCACCCCUACCUCCCCACGCAGCACAGCACCCCUACCUCCCCACACACACAGCACCACUACCCCCACCACACACACAACACCCCUACCCACAAACAGCACCCCUACCCAACACAGACAGCACCCCUACCCCCACAGCACAGCACCCCUUCCCCCACACAGCACAGCACCCCUACCCCCGCCCAGCACCCCUUCCCUCCACGCAGCACAGCACCCCUACCUCCCCACACAGCACAGCACCCCUCACACAAACACACAGACACAGCACACCUCAAACACACACACAGCACCCCUCAGACACACAGGACCCCUCACACACACAGCACCCCACACACAAACACAUACACUGCACCCCUCAAGGCAGUAUGUGUAUUCAGCAGUCUGUGUGUGUGUGUGUAUUCAGCAACCUGUGUGUGUGUGUAUUCAGCAGUCUGUGUGUAUGUAUUCAGCAGUCUGUGUGUACUCAGCAGUGUGUGUAUUCAGUGGACUGUGUGUGUAUUCAGUGGACUGUGUGUGUGUAUUCAGCGGACUGUGUGUGUGUGUAUUCAGCAGUGUGUAUUCAGUGGACUGUGUGUGUGUAUUCAGCAGACUGUGUGUAUGUAUUCAGCAGUCUGUGUGUGUAUUCAGCAGACUGUGUGGGUGUGUAUUCAGAAGUCUAUGUAUUCAGCAGUCUGUGUGUGUAUAUAUUGCAUUUGUUGGAGAUAUUAAUAAAUAUAAGUUUAAUUGUAUCCAUUAUUUAAAAUUUGUAUCAGUGAACUCCCUGUUGUUGUGUUCUUUUAAAAGCAAAGUUGUUAAUUAGUUAUUUUUUCUAAACUUAAAUCUCAGUAUUCAGGUUUAAUUGACGUGUUGGCACUUUGAGGAAAAAAAAGUUGGCAUGUAUUGCUGUUUGGGCACUCGGGCUCAAAAAGGUUCGCCAUCACUGCACUAGAGGCUUGAUUAACCCUAAUAUAAACAUAGCCGUUUCUCUGAAACGGCUAUAUUUACAGCUGCAGGGUUAACCCUAGAUGGACCUGGCACCCAGAUCACUUCAUUGAGCUGAAGUGGUCUGGGUGCCUAUAGUGGUCCUUUAAACAUGAUAUAAUUUUAUAGCACUUCACUUUUCUUUUUCUUACUCCUCUGACUAUUGAGCAAGUUUAACAGAGAGAGAGGCUUGUCUUUUACCUAUACUACUCGGUCUACCAUAGCAACAACAAUUAACAACAAUUAAGUCAAUAUGCUGCAGCGUUUUGCAACUAUAUAUUUGCUGCAAUUGAUACAUUUGGCAACACAUAUAUAGAGACUAACAAGGAACAUUUUAACUGCCGUGUGGAAAAUUACCCUAUCUAUUUUCUAAGUAAUAGAGUGCCCUACCACCACAACCUGUCUAGCCUUCCUUACAUUAUCAUACCAAUCCCUACUAGAGGGGCUGUUCCCUUGGCUGUUAGAAGGAACUGCUUCCUCUAGUACAGCUACUCCUGAGUUGAUGCUCCCAACAUCUUCACUCAAACGGGCAAAUCUGCUAGGUUGCUCAAUGCCUCACAGUAAUGCCGGGAGCCAGAGUGACGUCAUAAUCAGUUCUCCCUCACCGCCCGCCUGGAGCUCAACUAGCCGUCUGCCCGGGGGUGCCAAAGAUGGCAAGCCAGCCAGCUCUUGGGCCCCCUUAAAAGGAGGCUAACAAGGCUUUAGCCUGGGCAUUUGGGGGCAGCGUUACUUGCCACACCCUGGAAAGUGCAGCCCAAGGCAAAUGCCUUGUUAGUCGCGUGGAAGAUACAUUGUUGACUCAGUCAGUGAGCCCUGGACUAUCAAGUAGAGCAACCUAUGGAUCGUGACUGAUUGAUUUGCCCAAUACAUAGCAAAUUAGUUCAAACACGUCGUGCUAGAAUUCUUGGGUUACACUGCACUUCCACCAGACAUGGAUAUAAGUUGGAUGGAUAUAUCUACAUGUAUAGGUACCCAGGUUUGUUUUGUAGACAUUUUUUUUAUUAGGAGUAUAUACAUAUAUUUAUGUUAAAAGCAUUUCUGAAAUCGUCUCCCGUUCCUCCAUAGAAACCCGACGUCCCAGAUCUGUCUCUCAAGUUGUCUGAAAACUACAUUAUGAUUUGUACUUUGCUGGUAACAGUGCUGGGUAAAUAAUAGAUAUUUAGCCUUCGUAUCAUAGACCUGUGGCACACAUAUGUUCAAAUCUCAAGAAGCCAUGUAAAAGGUGUCACAGUUGUACAUAACAAGAAAUAUUCAGAGUAUGGGAUAUUCUCAGCUUCUUGAUGUGAGGCAAAAGUAGGAGCAUUGUUUUUUUUUUUUUUUUUGUUAAAUUCUUUAUUUUUGUUCAGCUCAUUCACAUUAGAAGCACAGGAUUGUAAAUCACAUAAUGACAUAAAGAUUGAAGCAUAGUAUUAAACAGAAUAGCAUAUAAGCCAAGCUAAUAAGCUGAGGUUUUUGUGGUUAUAUUGAGUAGGAACAUUAGGCAAAUAUAGCCUAGCAACCGCAGGCCCUCAUAAAGAAUGUGGCGUUCGUGCGCCCAUUUAAGAUAACCACAAGCCGCUUGUUUAUGCGAGUGCGGUCUGUAGUUGGGUAGCCUGGAGAUAUGAAAAAUAAAACGGAGGAAAAUAUAGAGUAUAAUAAAUAUACAGAGCCAUUUGCAGUGCUUAUGCCUACUGUCCAGUUGUGACUUGUGCUACUCGGUUCGUUAUAUCUGGACUGAUGGCAGAUGGCUACAUUAGUUUUACACCUCUGGGCCAUGUUGUGCUCUGUCACGCAGUCGGACUCUAGUGAAGAGGUGGGGGGGGGGGGUAUAAGGUGGUUUGCCAUGCUGCCAAAUUUUCUUAUACACAUGGUGCGCCAUAUCUAAUACAUUAUUACAUUGUAUAACUGUAAAAACAAAAAAGAAUAAAAAGACAUCAGAUGAAAAGUAAUAUUUCAGUUCUAGUCAGCAGAUAAUGCCCUGUACUCUGUGGGUAGGAUAGAGCCUCAGGUUGUGGUGACUGUGUAGGGCUCUAAGAAGGCCUUCUGAGGGACAAAAGGGGUAACUUUCUCUGGGUCCCAUCUAUGCGCAAGUUUAGGUGUUGCUUGUUGACCUGUUUUGUUCAGGGAGUCCCAUGGGAGGCCCAACUUCUCCGACAGUACAGCCACACUUUGUAGGUCUUGAAUGGAGUGUGUGGAGUUAGCAUGUCCACUGGUCAGGGUCCACGAGAAGCGCCAUCUGUACGGGAUGCCAUGUUCCCUGAGGAGGGAGAUGAAAGGCUGCAUGGAUCUUCGCCACUGCAAGGUAUCUCCAGACAGGUCUGAGUAGAAAGUUAAUUCUAAGUUACUACAGACAAGGUGACACACACACAUGUUCACUACAGACAAGCUCACUGUCACACACACAAGCUCACUACAGACAAGCUCACUGACACACACAUGCUCAUUACAGACACGCUCACUGACACACACACAAGCUCACUACAGACAAGCUCACUAACAUACACAUGCUCAUUACAGACACGCUCACUGUCACACACACACACAAGCUCACUACAGACAAGCUCACUGACACACACAUGCUCAAUACAGACAAGCUCACUGACACACGCAUGCUCACUACAGACAAGCUCACUGUCACACACACAAGCUCACUGCAGACAAGCUCAUUGACACACACAUGCUCAUUACAGACAAGCUCACUAACACACACACAUGCUCACUACAGACAACCUAACUCUUUCACACACACCUACUCACUACAGCUGUACAAGCUCACUGACACACAAACAUACAAGCUCACUCACUAGCAGGCACAUACACACAAAAUCACUGUUGUUACCUGAAGCUUACCUGAACUGAAGACUGUGGGAACCAUUUUUUUUUUUUUUGAAUUCUUUAUUUUUGUUGUGCACGUUAUACAUCGUAUUGAUAUGCGCCCCAACGGCGUGUCUGAAAUUGUACUUAAAUUAAACAGUGGCAUGAAAUCUUGCACAUUUUAUAUAGUUAUAGCAAUCAUCCGAUAGGCUAAACAGUAAUGAUUUUAAAGUAAAAUGAAAUGAAGAGGUUAACGCUUAACAGUGCUAAGGUAGGCAUGUUAUCACAGUUGUUCACAUUCUUGCUAGGCCAGUGUAUGCAUUAAUUAGACAUUAUAGGCAGGCUCUCUGGGUUUUGUAGGGGUGUGACAGCAUGCAUUAGCGAGUCAGAUAAUAUACUUAAGAUAAAAUAAUAUAAACUGUGGCAUGAGUUCUCGCGUAGUUUUAUAAAAUUAUGACUGCCAUCUUAAAGGUUAAACAGUGAGGUCAAUAGGAUAAAUGAAAAGGUCAACAUUUAACAGUGCUAGGUUAGGAGUAUCGGUCAAUAAGGUGUAACAUUAACAUCUGAAACCUAUGUUACGCUAAGGGUCGUGUGCAGUGGGGAAGACCUAUUUACAAGAUGUGGCACAAGAAAGAGCAGUUUUAUGCUGGGUAAGUCCUGGUGCCUCUCAUAUGCUCCAUAGGUAAGACAGGUGUCGGCUAUCCCGCCCGGAGAACAUUAAGAGGGGUAAAGACAAAAUAUUUUUAGGCCAUACCCCCAACAAUAACGGGGAGCCGCAGGGUUACCAUUUUAAGGCCCCUUGGGUGAAGGAGGCAGGGCUUGUGUUCGGGAGGCAGGGCUUACAUGCAGGGGAUGGGAGGUGGAUCAUUUGUUAAAUAUAUUUUAUACAUUGCAAUAUUGCACUAUUUCUCUUUUUCAUUUACAAUAUUAGAACUUUUCAUCUACUAUACAACUACUGAAACAGGACUUUACAUUUUAGAGAUACCCUUUGGGGAGAUAUGCCUAUAACUGAAUACAAUCUUGUAAGUGGUCUAGCUCCCCUUGCCCCCUUUCUUGAUUAUUUGUAGCUGUAUUACACUAUUUUGUGUAUAUUUUUCUUUUUUAGGUUUUAUUAUUUAUUACCAGGUGGUAUUUCACACAUAUUGAUAUAUAUAAUUUAAUGUUAUUAUUUUCUUUUUUAUAUACAUUUGGGUGUGUGUGUUUUAAUUUAGAGAGUUUCUCCUUUUUGUUAUACAUUUUUGUAUACUUUUGUGUAUUUAUAUGUGUAUUAUAUUUGUUUGUGUGUCAAGCUGGUGGGGACAUGUGACCCAUUGUGACUGCUUACUGUGACAUCAUCGUGACAUCAUGUAACAUCACCCUUUAUGCUCACAGUUUGCAGCAGUCACUAGACACGGCUUGGACAGUAGGCACUGCUUAGCUGUUGUGGUGAGCAAAUUGCUAGAGAUGGCAAAUAGAAAUGUUUUCUCGUGGAUUCGGCGUUUGCCCUUUCGAAAGGUCAGUAAAUGACUUGUUUUCUUUAAGGUUCCAAUUAACCAAACCAUUAACUGGGGUUUGUAACAUGUUAACUCCAAGUUUGUGGGUGGGUCCAUAUUUAAAUUAAUAAUAUGUAUCACUAGAGGGGUAGAAGCAAAUCAUUAUUGUAUUCUUAUCUCAAUGGAGUUAAAAUGCUUAACUCAUUUUUCUAUAUUCAAAUCCCCAUGACAGUCUAUGGUCUCCCCAUUCCUGUAUCACUUUAAUUUGUUCUUUAUAGUUACAGCAAUUUGCAAUAAUGUUGCAGCUACAAGCCCAUCGUUCCACUCACAUCCAAUUCUGGGAGUAGUUUGUCCUUGUUCAUACAACUAGUUGUAUAUGUGAUCAGAAUUAGAACAAACUCAUUAAGUCUAUUAUAUGGUUUACAUACACUAAGGUUUAGACAUAUAUUAAUUAUCGAGGAAAUUCAAUAAAUUAAAAUUCCACAAGACAGUGGCAGCCCAAGAUACUAAACAGGAAAUGGUAAAUGGAAAACUAAAUCCGAAAGUCAAUUAAAAUUGAUGAUUUCAAAAUUCUCCAACUGGACUGUAACGACAGCUUAACUAUUUUACCUUCAAUUUUGCCAUUUGGGUUUCAAUGUACUAGAAUUCAGUGUUCAGUGGAUGAAGCCAAGUUACUCAAUAGAUUGGAAAUCUAUAUAAAACAUUUCCCAUACUAGUUACAUACAGGGUCAAUGCAAGUUUUUUAACUACUUUAGGCAAAACAACAUUUUGCUGACCUUCCCUCCCCCCCCUGCUAAUAUGCUCCGUCCAUGGUAUGACAUCACACUGACCAUAGCGCAAUAUGCUCCGCCUGUGGUGUAUUUAAAAGAAACACUUUUAUAAACGGUCACAAAUGUAACAGGCCUCAUACAGCAAGCAGAGGUGCUUUAAGUUUUCUGGAGUUUUCCUUUAAAGGGCCACUCCAAACACCAUAACCACUGCUGCUAACUACCAUUAAUGAAUUGUCAGCUGCUACUCUCAGAUAAUCUCUGCCAUCUCCUUACUGGCUGUACCAAUACUACUGCAUUAGCCGAAGAGAAGAGAAGAGGGAGAGAACGGUUACUGAUGGCACAUAUUUAGUGUUAAAUUAUUUACAAACAAUUUAACACAUAAAUAUAAGGCUGUUCCAGGGACUCCAGGCACUAUAACAACUUCAAUGCGAUUUAAGUAAACCCAUACCUUUAGGUUGUUUGUAGUAGUUUAUUGCUGGGCCCUGUGGCAGCAACGAGAUGGACUGUAAAAACUUUGGUUAGUCAGAGGAUUUUUAUUUGAAUUUAUUUGGGUUUCUGAUUGUUUUUGCCAUUUCAGGGCGCCAGACGCAAGAAAUGUGAUGACGCUGAGCAGAAAGGAGAGGACCCUUCGGGUACGUUAAAACAUUGUGUGUGUGGCUGUUAUAUCUAUCUUUGGGAAGCCUGGUAACAAUUCUCCUAGCAGGACAUUCCUUCUUCUAUAACUUUAAGAAUAGGUUUCUGUUCAUUUUUGACCAGGAAGGACACAUUCAGAUUUCUCUGGUUUGAUUGCUUCCUGCAGAGUUUGUACAAAAUAUACAAUGUUGACAUUUCUGGGACAUUAGAUUGCAGAGUUAAUAUUUUGGGGAAGGUAGAUCCAUUUGUAUAUAUUCAGACGCCGUUUCCAUCUUGUGAGUCUCUUCUAACCCCCUUACCCCUUGUAUCCCCCCACCCAUAAUGCACUACUGUCUUAGUCCAGGAAAGAUCUGGAAUGUUCCCAUUCUUUUUAAUGACAAUGCUAAGCAUAUCCCAUAAACUCAGCAGGUGUAUGUAGUUCAGCACUUGGCAGUAGUUUCAUUCACUAAUAUUCAUGAAGAAACUGUUUAUUGAGCUGCAUACUCCAUUAAUGUUUAUAACUCAAUGGAACCAGUGGUUGCCUCUCAUGUGUAAACAUAACAAAUGCUCCCCCCAAGAAAUUUAAUUUAAGUGCAUUUCGAUAUCAAUAUUUAUAUAUUGCUAUCAAAAUUUAUGUAAAAUUAAAUUACAUAUAUAUAAAGUAUAUAUUUACGUAUUAUUUUUACAUAAUGAUGUGAUUUUAUUGAUUAUAAAUUGAGGGACCUGCCUGACAACCCAGGCAGAAAGUCCAGUGAAUUCAAUUUACAAGCCCUAUAUUUAACCUUGUAACUUUCCAAAACACCGUAAAACCUGGACAUGGGGGCUACUGUUGUACUUGUGAGACUUGGCUGAAAACAAAUACGUAUGUUUUAAAAGAGUAAAUCAUUUAAUGACGAUGAUAUCAUCAGUGAAAGUGCAGCUUUUCUGUGAAAAAUGCAAAUGUUUGGACAGGGUUUGUGACUAAGUGGCUCCUAAAAGAUUGGAUAUACCCCAUUUGCAAAACCCUGGGUUGUCUACGUUUGCAAAUGGUUUGCCAUGAUGGGGGUAAUUCUCAUUCCUGGCCUGCCAUACUGCCUUAAAGGCAACUAAACCAACAAAUUUCAAGGUGCAAAAAGCGGGAAGUACUAUAUGUAACCCUGUAACUUUCCAAAAAUCCAUAAAACCUGUAUAUGGCUGAACAUAAAUAUGUGCAUUUUAUUGCACUAAAAGUUAACAGUAUUAUGACAUUUAAAGGUAAAAUGCCACAGAGAACUUUUUAAUUUCUCAUACUUUUUUUUAGAUUUUAUUCAUAUUAAAUUAUGUUUCAUACAUAAAUAGUUUAUUUUUUGGGAAAUGAAAACCCUCUUUCUCUUGAACAAAAUUGUAUAUAAUACGUGUGGGUGCACUUAAUAUGAAAGAGAUUAAGCUGUGGUUGAACAAUAUAUAUCUCAAAUUCAAGGUUUUGUUUUGAACAGAACUUGGAUAACUUCCUCCAUCCUUAAGGGCUUAAAAGAUAUAGAUAAUAAACUGAAGAAUAGUGUACCUAGAGAAUGGGAGAGAGUAACAUGUACCUAAACUUCUUAAUAAAAAGUUAAAGAUGUAAGGCACACCUAAAAAAGACCAGAAGGUCCAAAAAUAAAAAAGAAUUUAUUAAGUAUCAAUGGCAUCAAAAAGAUUAAUUUGUGAUAAUGGAUACAACAAGAAAAUUGUAACGCUAAAAGAAACGAUACAAAGUGUUGGCUAAAAUCAGUACUGAUGUCUUAGGAUAGUAGUAGCUGAGAAUGUAUCCCUAAAGGUUGUUGGAUCAGAAACUCUAAUUUCAAUUGUUAGAAUAGUUGAUCAUGACUAGGUGGAUGGUAAAUAGGAAUAGCUGUAAAAGUAGAUACAAACAGAUCGAUUGUUAUGACUGAUCGAUGAGUAUUAGGUAAUCGACUAUAAAGGCUGAUUAGCAGUUGAAUGUUAUAAGUAAAGGGAAUGAUUAUAUAUAUAAGAAUCUGUAAGAACUACUUUACAAUUAAUUGGUACAGAUGAAUAAUAUGGAUAGGUAAAUAAGAAUACAACUGGUGGAUAGAUAGUGCAAAGAGAUGAGAGGAUAUAGUUGCUAUGCUAUAAGCACGCUAUUAGAUCUACACUAAUAAUUACAAAAAUGAGAGCGUCCUAAAGUGUCUCCCCGAUAGACAAAGACAAAUUUGUAAAGAGAGCACUCCGUCUAUCCAUCCACCCCCGUGCCUGCGAGGGCACCUAUGUCUAACCCAAGCUGAGAGAGAAAAUCGCGAAAAGACUAUCAGAAUAGAAAUCUAUUAUGAUAACAAAAACGGCAUGAAUACAGCCCUAAAGCCCCUGACGCGCGCGUUUCGCCCACUUAGCUCGUCUUAAAAGAUAUAGGACAAGGCAGGGAAUAAUAUUAUGUUGUAGUUAUAAUAAUCAGAAGACAAAAGCAGGGAUAGGGAAACAUCGGGCACCAAAACAUUUGAGAGCACAUAACAUAUUAUGGUACAUGAAGUGUCUGAAUAAAAGUGUAUGUAUUAAAAGAUCCUAUAAUUUGUCAUGUUGCCUUACUUGUAUUGUGUAAUAUUUCAAACCAGUGAAUGCACACUAUUGUCUGUCUACAUUGUGAUUUGACUACUGUCUUUUUUAUUAUUAUUAUUUAUAGAGUGUCCAAUUACUCCAAAUUCUCCUAAAAUUGCCAAGGACUCAGCUGUAAAUGGUAGUUUUAUCUCAAUCGAUCUGAACUCUCCAAAACGUAUCGUAUCGGCAGCUAAUAGCGAGUCAUCAAAGGACAUCCCUAAACAUGUAGCUCAACCGGAUAUUGAUAAAGUUAGAGAGCAGAUCAAACAGGAAAUUAGAAAAGAACUUAAAAUUACAGCAGGAGCCAGAAACAUGGUAAAGGCUACAACCAAGAAAAAACAUCUUGCAAAAGUCAACAAGUUUCUCAAAACAUCACAAAAAAAACUGGAUGAUCUUUACAUUAAACUUCAGGAGCGCAAUGCGCAUAUUGUUGUGCCAGACGCAGAAGGUACAUUCCAAGACUUUGUGUUUCCUUGUAAUGAGUGUGUGUAUGUGCUUGUUUAUUGUAAAUAUAUUUCAAUCAUUUCCUGGAGAACAUGGAUAAAUACUAUGUUACGCAUCCAACAUGUAAAUGUAACCUACAGAUAUAUAGAGGAAGCAGUACUGUUUUUCUUUUUCUUUUUCAUUUUAUAAUCAGGUGGAUGUUUUAGAGACUUCAAACAGCAAAUCGUAACUUUGGAUCAGUUACUGCACUCGUGAUGUGCUGUAUGAGAUCGUAGACUGACUUAUAGAAAAGAUCACUUACUGAGCAUCAGAUCAGCCACAUUAUACAGCGUGAAAACAUGCAGAAUAAAAUAAAUACUGGCUGAGGAAAGCUUAGCCUUGUUAGUUUUACAGAAACAUAAAACAAAAAUUUGCAGCUUCUCCAGUGAGCUCUGUUUAGAUGGGAAAUCUCUCACCCAAUCCUGGUAAUUGCAUUAUUCCCUAUGAGAGCCUAUAUGGGGGUGGAGGGGUUGGGAAAACACACAGAGUUACAAUGUGGCUUAUAGAAUGACCCCAUUUAUGUCGUGACUGGCUAUAAUAAUGGCAAUCUCACUGACCUAUGUAGAAGCUGGAAUAGUUAGUGGAUGAGUUUAUGACGUGACACCUCAAAGAGAAUACUGUUCAUACCGUCCCGCUGUGAUGCCAUCAAGCACGGGGGACGUUUAGCUGCAGUGAUUUUUGUUGAUUUUCUGCUGCUCUCAGGUUUUGUGUAGAUUACAAUAUCUUUACUUACAGAUGUUACUGUUAUUGCCUUUUUUAUUUAUUAAGUGAAACUGUCUGCCGACAUUUCUAAAUUCUGUAUUUUUUUUCUUGAUACUAAUUUCCGUGAUGUCCAGAGAUCUCAGCUGCUCCUAAAGAUGACGCCAGCUCCCAGGCAGAUAACGCGAAGCUGACUGCUUUGCAGAAACAGCUGAGCAUUGAGCUGAAGGUGAAACAUGGAGCAGAGAUUAUGGUCGGUGCAUAUUCAAAUGGAAAUUCCAAAGUAAGUUGGUUAUAUUUAAAUAAGAGACAGAAACAAUUCUUUAAACUUUUUUUUUUUUGGUGUGGGAGUGGUGGAAACACAUUGUACAAUGCAUAAGUUUUUUCAGCCCAACAGCAUUUUAUCUGAUUUAAGCUAAUAGUAUGUUGGUGAUAUUUGUUCCUGGAAUCAAGAGAUGCGAUAGAAACUAAAUUUCCAUGAGUUUGCCGACACCAUCUCAACUAUUUAGUUGAAGGCACAAGCUUUUCUUGAUCAGCCAUUCAUUAUUUUUAAUAUUUCUAAUUGUAAAGCAUGCAGCCAAUGUGUAUUUAUUUCUCUUUGUAAAGAUUAUAAUGUUUCUCUUUUUCCAUAAUGCAUGUGUCUAUAAUUUAGUUUGCCUGCAUAGAAGCACUGUGGUGUUUGACAUCUGGGUGAAAAUCAUUGUUUAAGGGGUAAUAACAUAGUCCAUGUCUCUCCUGGGGUGUGAGCAGUCAGGGCUUAUUUCCUAGAAUAGGGUAAUUGAGGCUACACUUCUUCAUACAUCUCACUCAAUUAUCUGACUAUUCUUAUUGCUGUUACAGAAUGUCAAACAUCUUACUGCUGUCCAGAAAAUACUACAAGACAGCGAGAACAAAAUAGACAGUUUACGCGACUUAAUUCUGGAAGAAACAUCUAUCAUUAAAGGUAAAGGUUCAGUAACCUCAUAUGUAGUUUAAAAGAAGAUUUAUGGGUAACAAUGAAAACUGUUCAAAAACGGUUUGACUACUUAUAAUGGGAUCCAGGGCACUCCUGGCACCAUAACCACUACUGCAAGAUAUAACUCUCUUACAGGAAGGUAUGAGAGAGCGGUGUAUAUCCCGUAUACCUCUAUACUCCAAGGGUUUGUGAGGAAAUGUACAGAUUAUUAUUAAUGUUAUUAUUUAUAUAGCGCCAGCAAAUUCUGCAGCGCUUUACAGUGGGUGGACUAACAAACAUGUAAUUGUAACCAGACAAGUUGGACACACAGCUACUGAGGGGUUGAGGGCCCUGCACAAUCAGUUUACAUGCUAGAGGGAGUGGGGUAAAGUGACACAAAAGCUAAAGGAAGUAUAGGGAAGUAAUGACAGUUGAAGGAGAGGAAUCAGUCGGGAGCUACUAACAGUUUAACUGAUAUGCUUUUGUGAAGAAGUGGGCUUUUAAUGAUUUUUUUGAAGGAGUGGAGACUGGGUGUGCGUCUAACAGAGAAGGGAAGGGAGUUCCACAGGAACAGUGUAGCCCUAGAGCAUCAGAGGUGGGAGUACGGACAGAAGAUAGAUGUCCUCUUAGAACUGGGAGCAAAGGGAGUUAUACUAACACGCAAAUACAUUUUAUAUUAUUUACAAAACAUAUAUCUUAGACAUCUGUACAUGAGCCUGUUAAAGCACUGGGAAUGUUACUGCCUUAGAACUGGAAGACCAAGGUUUGAAUCCUGGUUUAGACCUUGCCAGUAAGUGUCUGUGGGUAGGAUUAAUUACUCAAUGGAUGUACGUUGAGCAGAAACUUCAUCAAACCUAAAUAUCCCCUUUCUAUAAAUGUAAACCACUGCAGAAUAUGUUGGCGCUAUAUAAGGGAUAAUAGUAAUAUCCUGAAAUAAUUUGCAAAACAUUUUACAAGAUAAAUUCUUGUUAGUCAGUCCCUUUAAAAAGUAGCUUUUAUAUCAAAUAGUUCACUGAGAGAUAUUAAAACUUACAUAUUAAGGUGGCGAUCAAAGCCUGACUUAGUGUAAAUCAAACAUACAUUCUGCUGGGUGCUUUAAGCCAUUUAUAUCAAAUCAAGAUCAGUGACCAGAAUAUUGUCAGAGAAACUAAUGACAGACACCUACCUGCCUCUAGAAAAAUGUAGAAAACUAUGUUCACCUAGAAACAAACAGAUGGAAAACACACUUCCUGAGUCUCAUGCCAACACACCAGUUGGGAUGGUCAUCAAUGCUAACAUGAGAGGGACUUGCAGGUGCUCCUCCAAGGGAACAAAUGUGUGAAAUUCCAAAUAGUGACCUUUGGGUUGAUAGGUUCUGGGAGCAUAAUGUCUUCUUUAAGGACGAUCAAAGCUUCUGAAUAUAAAGAGCAUUAAAAUAUAUAGAGAUAUAAUGAACAUUCUAAAAACAAGGCAGCUCUAUGAUUAACAUGACGUUCAUAUGAAAGAAAACCACCUAUGGUCCUUUAAAUGGACAAUUCUUAAUUGUUCUCCGAUGAGAGCUGAAUUACUGCAAUAGUCUCCUUCGAGAAAGGCAACUUCAAAUGUGCCCAGCACUGUGAAUUUAUUUGCUAAGCAUUGUGGAAUAUCAUAUUCCAAAUGUUGACAGGCAGGUGAUGCAUGCGCAUCAAUUCUAACAGCCAUCACGCAGGAGGUGCAUGCUUCAUAUCAGCUAUACGGUAUAUAAACAGGAUAUAUAUCUACUGAACAUUUAUUGUGUCCCCUCCAAUACUACUGACAUUAUUAGUUUAUACCUAUAUGAGUUAUACAUGAUAUUAUGGGUUUACAUAUAAGCAUUAUUAGUGUUUGAAAAACUGAUUGAUUCUUCUAUAAAAUGAAAUAUCAUUAAGAUCUAUGAUUGGAGAUUGUGGUUCUUGUUUUAUUCUCUUUAGCAUUGAGGUGAAAAUAAUUGGAGUAUCAUUGAUCACUGUGAAUGAUAUACAAUACUUACAUUAUGUUAUGUCUAAACCUUUACAGAAGAAACAUCGUUACCAGUUCCGGAGACGGACAUUAAUAUUCUUGCCCCUUCGUUAUUGGUGACAGACGUACAGGAGCCAGAGCCGGCUGGGUAUUCACUUUAUAUCUUUCUAAUCAAUGUUGCUAGAACCUGAAUCCCUCCCAGUUCACAGCACUAUACAUGUUGAAUUAUCUAUAAGUCCGACAUAUGUUUGCCUACUGCUGUCUACACAUUUCUUAGCAUGUGUAUCAGUCACAGAUUCAUUUUAUAAUGCUGUCUACAUGUUGCAUGCUUGUGACAAGUCGCCAGAUCUCCUCCUCUUUGCAGGACUCUGUGAAUUCUGCAGUCUGCCAGGCAGGGUGUGAAAGUACUUUGGAUGUCACACAGGAAUGCAGAAUUCUAUACGGUGCAAAAACACAGAAAUCUGCAACCCUAGUUAUAUGUAUUAUUGGGGUCUCCUUUAAAUAAUGCACUGUAUAUAGCAGCAUCAAUGUCUAAAAUAUAAUGAGUAUAUAGAUAUGAUAAUCUGCCAUAAUAUUUUAACGAUUAAACCAGAUAAACUAUUAUUGUCUUCCUUCUGAUAGCGAUAUUCCAAACUUUGAUAUGAAACCAAUUAUCCCACCGGAUGUGGAGUUUGACUCAGAGCCACCUCCUGCUCCAAGUCAAUCAUUUCUACACAGUGAUCAGAGUUGGUUUUCAUUCCAUAUUGAGAUCCCGGACAUACUGGCUCAGGUAAAGAUGUGCUGACUUUAUUUUGGUUGUUUUUAAUCCUUAAACUUAAGUGUAUACUCUGCGUAGAAUAACCAUUACAGCUUAGUGCAGUAGUUCUAGUGCAGAGAGUCUGUGGCUACUAACCCACUUUUUUGUCAAACCAUUUGGGAGCAUUUUGACACUGGACUUUGGCUAGCAUCCAGUGACUGCACCCCUCUUCACAGGGAUAAUGUGGAAUUUACAUUUUUGCGCUAUAAAUGUUAUGUCCAACCGGGACAGCUGUGGGGUUAUCCUGAAAUUGUCAGCCAAUCAAUGCCAUCCAGGUUGCAUAAAAUUGGUAUUGAUACAAAAUUGUUAAUUGAUCACUAUCAGUAUGGCUGAGGAGGGGGGAAGUAUCCAGGUAUUUGGGAGAAUCUAAUUGGUUUGACAUUAAACCAGGGAUAGAACCAGGACACUCUAAUUAAUGUAACUACUACAGUGAGCUAGAAUGGUUAUGGUGCUUACAAAUUCCUUUUAAUCAUUAUUUUCCCACAUUCACUGCUUCUCUCUCCACUCCCAGCAAACCUAGCUUCCUUUAGCUUUCUUUACCAUUUUAUUGCGUCUGACUUUCUUUUCUAGAAUUCUGGAGAUAUCUAUGAAUGUAGCAUUGAUAACAGAUACAUCAUGACACCAGAUGAAAUGAGUCAGCCUAAUUGUUCCAGUCUGGAUAAUAUUGUUCCUGAAAAUUCUGAGAACCUACCACAUGACCACUUACCUGCUAUGUGGACUGAAGAUCAACUUCUUCUCAAAUUGCAGGACAUCCAGCAUUGCUCUAUGCUGGAGGAGGGACAAUCUGUAAAAGUAAGUUUAAGGUGGAAUUCCAGUUCUAGUUCGAUUUAACAGAUAUCUUAACAAAUGUAGUACAGCACAACACAAUCAAUGCCAUCAGGUUGUAUAAAAUUGGUAUUGAAGAGAAAUGGUAAUUCCUCACUAUUUUACAACAAACUAGAAAAGAAAAUGGCAGUCAUAUCUCGUAAGAUCAGGGAGCUAUUUCCUUAUCCGUAUAUUUAACAUAUGAUUGUGAGAUGUGAACAAUAAACUUAAACAUAGAAUUUCAAUCUUUUAUUCAGUUUAGUUUUCUCUACAAUUUUAUUGUGUCUGACUUUCUUUUCUAGGAUUCUGGAGAUAGCUAUGACUGUAGCAUUGAUAACAGAUUCAUCAUGACACCAGAUGAAAUGAGUCACCCUAAUUGUUCCAGUCUGGAUAAUAGCGUUCCUGAAAAUCCUGACAACCUACCACAUGACCACUUACCUGCUAUGUGGAUUGAAGAUCAGCUUCCUCUCAAAUUGCAGGACAUCCAGCAUUGCUCUAUGCUGGAGGAGGGACAAUCUGGGAAAGUAAGUGUAUGAUGGUAUUCCAGCUCUAGUUCGAAAUACCUGGUGUCUUAAUAAAUGUAGGACAGCACAACACAAUCAGCGCUAUACAGGUUGUAUAAAAUUGGUAUUAUUACAGAAAUGGUAAUUACUCAUUAUUUUGCAACAAACAAUAAAAAAAUCCCAAAAUGGCAGUCAGAUAUCUCAUUGGAUCAAGAAGCUUUUUACUUAUCCAUUUAUUUAACUUGUGUUUGUGAGAUGUGAACAAUAAAAUUAAAUGUAGAAAUUCACACCUCUUUAUCCUGCAACCGGACGUCUCCAUCUUAGCUCCCUGUCAAUCAUUGUUAAAAGCUUCACCCUUUGCAUCUGCAGUCAGCACAGAGAGAGCAUCCAGAGAGGAGGAGAAAGGAAACAAUGUUUCUAUAUCUCCUCUUCAUUUGCAUUGUGUGCCCUGGCUGUGACAGAACAAAAAAAAAGAAAACAGAGCAUCUCAUGAAAAAUGUUAACAUAUAGGUGAUUUUCAGUAGUUAUUUUAAAUGACGCACUUUAGAGAGAAGUGACAAUAAAACCCGAUGUUAAUUGUGUCUGACUUUCUUUUCUAGGAUUCUGGAGAUAGCUAUGAAUGUAGCAGUGAUAACAGAUUCAUCGUGACACCAGAUGAAAUGAGUCACCCUAAUUGUUCCAGUCUGGAUAAUAGCGUUCCUGAAAAUCCUGAGGACCUACCACAUGACCACUUACCUGCUAUGUGGAUUCAGGAUCAGCUUUUUCUCAAAUUCCAGGACUUCCAGUAUCGCUCUGUGCAAUCUGUGAAAGUAAGUUUAAGGUGGAAUCCCAGUUCUAGUUCGAUAUAACAGAUGUCUUAACAAAUGUAGGACAGCACAACACAAUCAAUGCCAUCAGGUUGUAUAAAAUUGGUAUGGAUACAGAAAUGUUAAUUCCUCACUAUCAGUAUGGCAGAGGAGGGAGGAGGCAUCCAGGUACUUGGAAGAAUCGAAUUGGUUUGACAUUAAACCAUGGAUAGAACCAGGACACUCUAAUUAAUGUAACUACUACAGUGAGCUAGAAUGGUUAUGGUGCUUACAAUUUCCUUUUAAUCAUUAUUUUCUCACAUUCACUGCUUCUCUCUCCACUCCCAGCAAACCUAGCUUCCUUUAGUUUUCUUUACCAUUUUAUUGCGUCUGACUUUCUUUUCUAGAAUUCUGGAGAUAGCUAUGAAUGUAGCAGUGAUAACAGAUACAUCGUGACACCAGAUGAAAUGAGUCACCCUAAUUGUUCCAGUCUGGAUAAUAGCGUUCCUGAAAAUCCUGAGGACCUACCACAUGACCACUUACCUGCUAUGUGGAUUCAGGAUCAGCUUCUCAGAAUGCAGGACUUCCAGUAUCGCUCUGUGCAAUCUGUGAAAGUAAGUUUAAGGUGGAAUUCCAGUUCUAGUUCGAUAUAACAGAUGUCUUAACAAAUGUAGGACAGCACAACACAAUCAAUGCCAUCAGGUUGUAUAAAAUUGAUAUUGAUACAGAAAUGGUAAUUCCUUGGUAUCAGUAUGACUGAGGAGGGGGAAGAAAUCCAGGUAUUUUGAAGAUUCUAAAUGGUUAAACAUUAAACCAGGGAGAACGGCAGGACACUCUAGUCACUAUAACCACUACAGCGAGCUAGAAUGGUUAUGGUGCUUACAGUUCCCUUUUAAUCAUUAUUUUCCCACAUUCACUGCUUCUCUCUUCACUCUCAGCAAACCUAGCUUCCUUUUCACUACCCCGUGCUUCCUUUCCUUUAUUGAUCAAUAUGUUUCAGACUCAAUCGUACAAACCCCCAACACCGUGGGUGAGCUUUCUAGUGGAGAUUAUGGCUGCUAUCCCUUUAUAAAAGGAGAGCGGGUUAUGGCCUUCACAGUUUGCUCCAUACAUAGUCUCUGCUGCCUUGUCAAAUUAAAAUAAACACACAUUUAAAAAAUGAAAAGAAUCAUAUAAAAAUGAUAGAAAGUAUGAAAUGUAUACGUUAAUUUGCAUUUCUUGAUCAAUUGAGUUGCUGAAUUCUGGGUUUAGUAAAUAAAUCAGAGCGUUUGAUGGUUUAUCAAAGGGUAACAAUCACUUCCCAGGACGUUUAAUAUUAUAUUUACUUAUCCCUAAAUUCAACGACUAUCUGUUUGUGAGAUGUGAACGAUAAAAUUAAACGUAGAAAUCCACACCUCUUUAUACUGUAACUGGGCGCCUCCAUCUUAGCUCCCUGUCAGUCAUUGUUAAAACAUAGAAACAUAGAAACAUAGAAUGUGACGGCAGAUAAGAACCAUUCGGCCCAUCUAGUCUGCCCAAAAUAAUAAAAUAACAGAGAGAGAAAUAAAAAAAAAGCUCCGCCCUUUGCACCUGACCGUCAGCACAGAGCGAUCAUACAGAGAGGAGGAGAAAUGAAACAAUGUUUCUAUAUGUCCUCUUCAUUUGCAUUGUGUGCCCUGGCUGUGCCAGAACUAAACAUAAAGAAAACAGAUCAUCUCAUGAGAAACUGUUAACAUGUAUGUGAUUUUCAAUUUUUUAUUCAAUUGCGUUCUUUCCAGAGAAGUGACGAUAAAACGCUUUUAUUGUGUCUGACUUUCUUUUCUAGGAUUCUGGAGGUAGCUAUGGAUGUAGCAUUGAUGACAGAUUCAUCAUGACACCAGAUGAAAUGAGUGAACCUAAUUGUUCUAGUCUGGAUAAUAGUGUUUCUGAAACUUCUGAAGACCUAUCACAUGACUACUUACCUGCUGUGUGUACUCAGGGUCGGCCUACUCUCAAAAUGCAAGACUUCCAGCUUUGCUCUGUGCUGGGGAAGGGGCAAUUUGGGAAAGUAAGUUAAUGGUGGAAUUUGAGUUCUAGUUCGAUAUAACAGAUGUCUUAAAUUCAGGAUAGCACAACACUUUAUUCUUUAAUUUCAGGUUCUGCUGGCCGAGCACAAGGAAACAACCAACAUGUAUGCCCUGAAAUUCAUAAAAAAAGUAAACUUAGAAUUACCACAUCAGUUCAACAAGUCAGUGAAUGCAGUAAUAAAUAUCUUGUGUUUGUGAAGAGGACCAUGUCCUGUUUCUGUGGGGGGUUUUCAUUUGAUUUUAGAGUCGAAGAAAAUUUACUUUUCUUUUCCUUUCCAGCCUUCUGAGUGAAAAGCGGAUAUUCCAGACAGUGAGUAACAGGCGGCACCCAUUCCUUAUGAACUUGUUUGGGUGUUUCCACACCCGAGAUCACGCCUGCUUUGUUAUGGAGUAUGCAGCAGGGGGCGACCUUCUUACAUGCCUUGAUAACAACCAUGGCCCAUUUCCAGAACCCAGAGCAGUGUGA